GAUUGUUCUGCUGGGAUGGAUCCUAUCUGGCAAGAGUUCAGCAGCAAACACUAUUUUUCAUAAUAAAACAUUUGAAAAAGAAGGUACAAAAAAGUGCACAAAAUACUCUGGUGUCGUAAAUGACAGAAAUGUGACUGUGUUAGACACUCCAGGCUGGUGGAAGUAUUUUUCACCUAAAUUCAACCCAAAGUUUGCGCAGGCUUCAAUCCUGGAGAGCGUGGGACAAUCACAACAAAUGAAAUUCCCUCACGCCAUGAUCCUAGUGAUUCCUAUUGACACUUCAUUCAGUAACGGACAGAAACUAAUCAUUAAACAGUACAUGGCCACUCUAGGAGACGACGUCUGGAGACACACUAUAGUUCUGUUCACGUGGGGCGACAGAUGUAAAGACAUCUCAAUCGAGCAGCACAUCGAGAGUGAAGGUCACGCUCUUCAGUGGCUGGUUGAGAAAUGCAGGAACAGAUAUCACGUCUUUGACAACACAGACAAGAAGAAUCGAGAUCAAGUCACAGAGCUGCUCCAGAAGAUUGAUGAGAUGGUGGCAGAAAACAGUAUGUUCAGUCUCAACACUCAGUGUGCUGAAGAAGAAAACUUUCACGAGACUAAUAUACAACAAGAUGAGGAAUUUAGUUUUAACGCUGACAAGUUACUGGCGUUAAUGUUCCAUGAGCUGAAAAACAGGAGUGAAGGGAUAAAAAGGAAGCUACAAGAAUUAGAGAUGGACGUCACUGGAUGCAUAAAAGACAAAAGUGAUCAAAGCAUGGAAUAUCCCAUAGAAUUGAAAGCUGAUGAGAAACUCAUGGAGAAGGUAAAGAGAGAAGGAAGCAGAUGGGAGGCAAUUUUAAUGGACGGGAUAUUGAACAUUCAGAAUCCUAAACGAUCUUGUGAUGAAAAUAUGAGCGUCAAUGAAAAGAUGUCUUGGUGGUUUCAAAAAUAUGAGGAAUACAGCACAUCAGAAACUUCGGGAUAUAAAACAGAACAAUCUGAUCCAGUAGAACAUCCACAGAAUCUAGAGGAGUCAGAUAAUACUACAUCUGAUGUUGGAUGAAAAUAUAAUUUGUCUGUAAAAACCAGUUCGCAAAGUAAAACUUGCUCUUACUUAGAAAUAUGUCAGACAUAUGCAAUUAGCAAUUUUAGAAAUUAUGUUAAAUGUUUCUAUAAUUGUGAAUAUUCAUUAAUGUUUUUGCAUUUCUAAUUA